AUGCGCCUGAAUAAUAUCGCCUUGCUUACACUGGAGGCCUCAAUCCUCUCCACGAAAGUCGGCCUAGGCAAGAUCGUCUCCGUGCCCUUCUUCUGGGGCGCACACAUCGACCACAACAUCCCGCGCGGUCCUUACAAGCGUAGUCAAGACUGGCUCGCCGCACAACUCCAGCUCAGCCUCCUUGAUCUUGACGACGAGUCCAAGCUUGAGACCUUUGACGAAACCAAGCGCUCGAUUUAUCAAAAUAUCAUCGAUUCCUAUCUUGGUGAGCCUGACGAAGCGGCCACCACAAUAUGGAAGAAACAAAUCGAUAGAAUAAAUACAGAUCCGCGCCUUCAAUAUGCCCGUGGAAAGGUCGAAGAAGGUAAACAGCGAGCGCAGCGCCUACUUGAUCUCAUACCGAAGGUUUUUCCUGAGCAGGCGGAGGAAGAGGUAUUCGUGCUCCACCACCACUCCCUCCACUUAUCCAAAAUCCUCGUCUCCUCCACCGGCGCCUUAACCAGUAUCCCCAACUGGGAAUGCACUCACACCGCCCCCCUAUGGCUCGCAUGCCAACUCCCCUCAUUCCUAGAUUUGACCGACUCCACCGCAGCAGUGUUCGCCUACCUCAACAUCGAAUAUGUUAAUGAGGAGUACAAAACGCAAGUAAAGCUUCGACAGUUUUUCCUGGAAGAGAUGCAGCGUAUCUGUCCGGAAUGGGUCGAGGUACACAAGGCUGGUCAGCUGAAGGUGGGGUUUGAACAGUGUGUGCAGCAUUUUGGUAAGGCGGGUGAUGGGAAGUAUAUUGAUCGGUGGAUUGAUGGGGUGGAGAGGGAGGGGAGUGCGAUGCUGUUGAAGGAGAUUGUGAGGGCUGGGUGGGUUGGGGAUUAUGUUUGUGGUCAGGGCUUUUCUAGUUGA